AUGAAGGCUCUGGGUGUGAUCCCGGCACGAAUAGGUUCAACGCGCUUCCCAGAAAAACCUUUGGUUGUCUUUUUUGGCAAAGCCAUGAUCGAACACACAUACGCAGCAGCAGCCAGCUCAAAGUUGCUGUCGAAAGUGGUGGUGACAAGUGACAACGAGCGCGUGCUGAAAGUCAUUCAAAAUAUUGGUGGCGAUACUGUUCUCACUGGCACUUGCAACACGGGGACGGAUCGUAUUGUGCAGGCGCUUCAUCUGAUGGACCGUAGGGAAAUAGAGGAGUAUGAUGUUGUCGUGAAUAUUCAGGGUGACGAGCCGGGCGUAGACCCAAGACAUAUUGAUUCAUGCAUCGAUGCCUUGCGAGGGGCUGCACCCGACAGUGUCAUGAGCACACUAGCAACUCCAAUUGUUAGCGAGCAAGAAGCCCGCAGUCGUGAUGUCGUUAAAUGUGUUGCUGACUGCAAUAGCAACGCGCUUUACUUCUCUCGAGCGAUGAUUCCGCACUCAAAAAGUGGCAAGUUUUGUCAUGAUGUGACUUCAUAUCUUCGUCACGUUGGAAUGUACGCGUUUCGCAAGGACUUUCUAUUGGACUUUCCAAAGCUUCCUGUGUCGAAUCUUGAAGCUUCUGAAGACCUUGAGCAGCUACGUGUGCUGUCCGCAGGUUACCGAAUUAAGAUAGUCCAAGUUAAAUCGACAUUGCCAGGUGUUGAUACCCGAGCGGAUCUGGAAUAUCUCAUGGCGCACUGGCCUGAAGAUAACAAUAAGACAGGUAUUGAGUGA